AAUAUGUAAAUGCUAAGCAGUUUUCGUUUCUAGAAAAUUUUAGACAAGAUACGUAAUUCAAGAAAAUCAGUUAUCCUUCAUGACCAUGAAUUCACCUUCACAUUCGCCAUCGGCAAUACAAGAUGGGUUACAGUGGGAGCUUCCCACUGUCCAGCUACCCUCAUAUUUCCCUGUUAUUUGCAUUAUGCUUGUGGUGGUUGUCUACAGAUUCGCAUCAUCCGAUAAAACCGUUAAAGCUCUCCCCUCCAUCAACACCAGAGGAUUAUUCUCCAGUACUGUUGCUAGAAAAACAUUUACAGCAUCCGCCGAGAGCUUCUUGAACGAAGCCAAAGAAAAACACCCUCGCAAACCAUGGCGUGUCAUGACGGACUUGGGAGAGAGAGUUGUCUUGACUCCAGAACUUAUGGAAGAAAUUCGAAAUGAACCCAACAUGAGCUUUCAGGGAGCUUUUCACGAGGAUUUCCAUGGCAGUCUUCCCGGAUUUGAUGCCAUCCAAUUCUUCGUCCGAAGUGAUAUAUUGAUAGCUGUUGUCAGGAACAACCUCCUAAGGCCUACCCUCAGCAUGACAGAACGAAUGUCCGACGAAACAAACUACGCUCUGUCUAAAACCGUCGGUAAUACUUCAGACUGGACUGAAUUGAACUUGUGCCAAACUCUGACUGAUAUGGUCAGCCGGGUCUCGGCGCGCUUGUUCGUGGGCGAGGAAUUAUGCCGGAAUGAGGAAUGGAUCCAAUCGUCCCAGCACUUCCAUCACACUUGGUUCGCAGGCGCAAUGAAACUACAUGAUUGGCCAUGGCCUCUUCGACAUCUCGUGCAUUGGUUCAUACCUGAAUGUCAGGAGAUGAAGAAGUAUCUCGGCAAGCAAAAGAAAAUACUAGCGGACUUUGUAGCCAAACGUGAGAACAUGAAAAAGGACGCCGCCGCUGCCGGUCAAGAAGCCCCCAAGUUUGAUGAUGGAUUCACAUGGUUGGAGCAGGAGGCAAAGGCUAGAGGACUAGUCUACGACACGACUAUGGCAACGGGCUUGCAAUUGAUGAUAGCUCUCGUUUCGGCCCAUGCGACAACUGAUCUACUCCAAAAGACCAUGUUCCAUCUUCUUCAGCACCCUGGAGCCACGGAACAGAUUCGCGAGGAAGUUCUUGGCCAGCUUCGAACCGAAGGCAUGACUACCGCGUCGUUCUACAAUAUGCACCUCCUUGACAGCGCUCUCAAGGAAUCACAGCGAGUGACACCCUCAGAAAUGUUAUUGAUACGCCGCCGCGUGAUGGGAGACGUACAACUUUCUAACGGUCUUUUCUUGAAGGAGGGCACAAGAACCUGGAUGGAUGUAUCACACAUGAAAGACCCAGCCAUAUACGAGAACCCGGAACAGUGGGAUAUGACUCGAUUUGCUAAGCUCCGUACACAACCGGGAGGAGCUAGCUCGGCUCAAUUGGUGAGCUCGACUCGCAACCACGUUGGUUUCGGAUAUGGCAAACAUGUUUGCACCGGAAGAUUUUUUGCGACGAACCUUCUCAAAGUGGUUCUAUGCCAUCUAUUGGCAAACUAUGAGUGGAAGCUAGCACCCGGACUAGAAGCGGAUUUCUUGGACUUCGGCAUUUCGCGCAUGGUGAACCCUCAAGCCAAGCUAUUGAUCCGGCGGAGAGAAAAAGUCGAGAUCGAUUUCGACUCGAUCUUCGAUUCUUGAAUGUGGCUGGCGACGGAGCGAUGAGACCUGCUUGGAUCUGCGUCGACGAUCCGGACUUCGGAGUUAAAAUUUAGGGGUGGGCGGCUAAGUGAUCCGGGACGGCACGAUAAGACACAAAAUUCCUCUCUUUGGCUUUUCUUCUCACACGGGGAACCAUUGAUUGAAUGAUGACACGAUGGCACUUAGCGUUGUGAUGGAUACCAUGGAACUUGAGAAGUCUAGGACUUUGCUGUGGCAACCAGAUUGAUCGGCUAUUUGCUUAUUAUAGAGAUAGAUCUAAUAUAGCAGGAAAACCAACGAGGAUUUUAGUAUCAUAAAA